AUGGACGUCAACGCCACCACCAAUAUAUUGACCCUACCAACCUCCCCUCUUCCCAUUGUCUCACUGACACAGAACCGUCCAACGAUUCUCACUACCUUGGCCUUCCCCGAAGAUGACAGGCUCAUCAAGCGAGAGGACGACGACGACCCCUCGAAACAUGCCCUGCAUCAAGCCCAGGUCGAUGCCUCUGGUCGCGGCACCAACGACCAAAAGAUCCUGGACUUCCUCCGCCAUUCCAUCCUACCCUUCUCCGACCUCCUCGACCCAUUCGCCGCCCUACCCGUCACUCUGAACCGUUUUCAAGAACACCUCGUCACCUUCUACCUCCAGCACUACCCUAAAGUUACUUAUGGCUUCUCGCCCCUACUCCGUCCUCACCCGGUCGCUACCAACUUCUCCAUCGGGCUCUCCACGCCCGCAUGCUUCCAGGUUAUCCUCGCCCGCUCCGCCCUGUACCGGCUGUCCCUCAGCAAGUAUGCGAACGACGUCCAGAAAAAGGACCUCGAGCUGGCCAUGAUGCGGCACAAGGGCGAGGCACUCACGCAGAUCCGCCUGCUGAACGCCAAGCCGGCGUCGUCGGCGCGAAAGGACAAUUUGGUUGCGAGCAUCAUCUCUAUUGGCACCUUGGAUCGGAGGACGGGUGAGGAGCGGUCUUCGGGCAUGCACUUCCGCGCGGUGAGGAGGAUCCUGCGGGUUACUGGGGGCCCCUUGGCGGUCAAGAACUUGUAUCUGUCGCGGGUCAUGGUAUUCUUCGAAUGUAUCUACGGGACUUCUCCAGAUUCGUACAUAUGGGAUGGGGCGGAUCUGCCGGGGUUGACUUCUGAGUUUGACAAGUUCCUGGGCAGAGUGUGGAGGAUCUGGGAGAUGGUGUCUGCUUCUCAGUAUCUACGACCAUGUCGUGCAGACGCUUUAGCAACCGAUGGCCCGACCUUAAAGACUGGAACCGGCGAGCAGACAUCUUCGGUAACGCGCACAGGACAGACAUUCUACCUGGAACCUGGAACGCCGCUUCACAUGAUCCUCACUCGGUCGCCUAAGCCGCCAGGAAGCGCAGAGCAGGAACCAACUGCACCACAGCGACUGGAACAGGUAACACAGCUCACCUGCCUCAUCACUUUAGCGUUCCUCUUCGUCGAACACAUCUCCAAACUGCAGUACGCUUCCCUGACCAUGGCCAUACACGACCUUAAUCGAUCGGUCACCAAGCUCUGUCCGAAGCAGCAACAAUCCCCUCACUUCCAACCUGGCAUCACGCCGCUGAAACGGUCCACUUCGUCAAGCGACUCCAAUCCGUCCGUUAAAGCAUUCUCUACGCAUUCAAUGCGGGCCCCUCCGCCACCAACACCUCCAGGAACGGCAGCUGCAGCGACAGCUUCAUCUUCAACACGCCCCUCCCUCGCCACCGCCCCAUCAAACAGCAGCACAGACAAUACCAGUACCGCCUCCCCACCGCCGACCCGACCCCAAACCACAGCAACGACGGCCUCCCCCUCAUCCUCCAAAUCACACUCUGCCCACACCUAUCCCCAGCACCACCCAUUCCCUCCAGACCCCAGCCCCGACCCAACACCAAUCAACGCAUCCAACAUCAUGUGGCUACUCCACAUCACGGACCACAGCGCCGAGCACGGCCGCCGCGUCUGGACGGCCGCCGCUUUCGCGUGGGUGAGCAAGCACCUGAGCUGGAACACGCGGGAACGGUUGGGAGAGUGGCUGGUGCGGUUCUUGGAGGGGCGGGAUGUCUUUGCAGAGCAGGUAGGGGCUGGAGGCGGUGUAGGUGAUGAAGGGGAGGGGGAGGAGGAGGUGAUGCAGGGGAAAGGAGGGCAGCCUCGGGAGGGGGUCAGUGAGGACGAGGAAAAGUGCAGGGAACGGGGUGCUGCUCAUGCUGGUAAUAGUGCUGCUGCUGCUGACAGAGACGGUGGUGGGUGUGAACAAGCCCAGCAGCAGGCAGAGCGGAAGAAAGAGACGCGCUGCAAGGAGAAGCGCUUCAAGCUUGAUGCCUGGAGCUUUAGUUACGCGAGCUGA